UUUUGACAAAGUGCAUGUAGUAGUUAUAAUUAGGUCUAUACUACUAAAUAUUUCUCAUCAAAAUUUGAGCUAUGGCAUUGGCCAUUAGAGUGCUUGAUCUCUUACGAGUUCUUUCCAUAGUCAGUUUCUUGGUUCUUUUACAAUUUUUGCAGAAAACCGAUGCUCAAGUGCUAAUCCCUGAAGUUCCAACAUUGAUGAAAUGCAAGUUUGAGAAAAUAUAUCAGUUGGGUGACUCACUUUCUGAUACUGGCAACUUCAUUAGAGAGAGCCUCGUUGGAGCUUUUUCUCCCUUUGCAAAACUUCCUUAUGGUGAAAACUUUUUCCAGAACAAAUCAACUGGACGAUGUUCUGAUGGUUUGCUCAUGAUCGAUUUCAUAGCAUUGGAAUGUGGUCUUCCUUUCCUAAAUCCCUACAAGGAUCAGAAUGGAAAUUUCACACAUGGUGCAAAUUUCGCAGUAGCAGGAGCUACUGUUUUGCCAGGUGAAAUCAUGGCUGAGAAGAAGAUUUCUAAUUCAGUAACCAAUAGUUCAUUAAAUGUGCAACUUGAUUGGAUGUCUUCUCAUUUCAAAUCCACUUGCUCUACUGAAUGCUCAGAAGACCUAAAGAAGGCACUUUUCCUGGUUGGAGAAAUAGGAGGAAAUGAGUUUAAUUAUGGUUUAUUGCAAGGUAAAGCAAUGGAGGAACUUAGAGCUAUGGUCCCUGAAGUUGUUCAGACCAUUAUCAAUGCUGUUAAAGUAUGCUUUCCAUUUUCUCUGUUUUUAGUAUGUGAAACUCACGAAAGAUGUUUGGUUGCCUUCGACAAAUAUUCACGAGCAUCAAUAUUUAUGUCUAUUCAUCAAUAUUUGCAGCAAAUCAAUAAAUGCAUGAUAUAUGUAUUUCGCAUAAAUUAUAACACUUAAAAAGACAGUCCGGUG